UCCAAGCAUACCAGAGAUGAGGGAGAACGGGCAGAGGGAGGACAUUGCGUUUAAAGAUCAGGGGUUCUUCAUCCGAGGAUGGGCUCAGGGGCCUGAGGACACCCCGGUAUCGCAGCCAAAUGUUGUGCAUGUGGGCAUUUUUCUGGGGAGAAGUUCUUGAACUUUCCGGAGAUUCUCAAAGGAGUUCCACGAGCCAAAAAAACUUUCAGAAGCUCUGGCCUGGAAUUUCAACUUUUCCCUGACUCAGGCUUCCCACUCCCCGGUUACUCAGAGCUGGUGAAGUGUUGCUGUGUAGUCAAAGCCCGCGAGUGUGAAAUAUCAAAUGCUCAUUACAUGACGUCGGGGGGAAACUUAGUCUGCUUAGCAAGUCUAUUUUGUUGUUUCGUGUGAGAAGUCCCCAUGCCAAACAGAUGCCCGGGAAAACGGUCUGAUUAAUGACGCUGCUUCCUUUGUCCCCUCCCCCAACCCCCCACAGGGCCCGGGAUGGCACUCUCGGUGACAGGGCUCACUGUCUUCUCUCUCCUGCAAACUGCCCUCUCCCUGAACCCCGAGGACCCCAACGUGUGCAGCCACUGGGAGAGCUAUGCGGUGACCGUCCAGGAGUCAUACGCACACCCCUUCGACCAGAUCUACUACACGCGGUGCACAGAUAUCCUCAGCUGGUUCAAGUGCACCAGGCACCGGAUCAGUUAUAAGACGGCGUAUCGGCGUGGCCUCCGGACCAUGUACCGGCGCAGGUCCCAGUGUUGCCCUGGCUACUACGAGAAUGGAGACUUCUGCAUACCCCUGUGUACGGAAGAGUGUGUGCACGGCCGCUGUGUUUCCCCGGACACCUGCCACUGUGAGCCCGGCUGGGGAGGGCCCGACUGUUCCAGCGGCUGUGACAGCGACCACUGGGGCCCCCAUUGCAGCAAUCGGUGCCAAUGCCAGAACGGAGCCCUGUGCAACCCCAUCACGGGCGCCUGCGUGUGUGCCGCCGGCUUCCGCGGCUGGCGCUGCGAGGAGCUCUGUGCGCCGGGCACCCACGGCAAGGGCUGCCAGCUGCAGUGCCAGUGCCGCCACGGAGCCAGCUGCGACCCCCGCACCGGCCAGUGCCUCUGCGCUCCGGGCUACACCGGAGUCUACUGUGAGGAGCUGUGUCCGCCUGGAAGCCACGGUGCUUACUGUGAGCUGCGCUGCCCCUGCCAGAAUGGGGGCACCUGCCACCACAUCACUGGAGAGUGUGCCUGCCCCCCAGGCUGGACGGGAGCAGUGUGUGCCCAGCCCUGCCCACCAGGGACAUUCGGCCAGAACUGCAGCCAGGACUGUCCUUGCCACCAUGGAGGGCAGUGUGAUCAUGUGACUGGACGGUGCCACUGCACAGCUGGCUACAUGGGGGACAGGUGCCAAGAGGAAUGCCCGUUUGGGACCUUCGGCUUCCAGUGCUCACAGCGCUGUGACUGUCACAAUGGAGGCCAGUGCUCGCCCACCACUGGCGCCUGCGAGUGUGAUCCCGGCUACAAAGGCCCCCGCUGCCAGGAGCGGCUGUGCCCCGAGGGACUGUAUGGCCUGGGCUGUGCCUUGCCCUGCCCCUGUGAUGCCGACAACACCAUCAGGUACGAGCUGGGGUCAGAUGAGCCAGGGGCUGGGUGGGCCACCUCGAGUGAAGCUGGCACCGACGGCUGCUUCCAGGGAAGCCUGAAUCUGGGAAGCGGAGAAGCCAGAGCCGCCCUGGGCCACCUCUUCCGUGUCUUCUUCACUUCCUGCUUCAUGCACCAGCUGGCAGCACCCUCUGGUGACAGGCAGGGAGAGGUCUGUGCAGUUCCAUGUGCCACGGGGACCUACGGCCCCAACUGCUCGUCCGUCUGUACCUGUAACAACGGUGGUACCUGCUCCCCCGUGGAUGGCUCCUGCACCUGCAAGGAAGGGUGGCAAGGCCUGGACUGCACCCUGCCGUGUCCCAGCGGGACGUGGGGCCUGGACUGCAAUGAGAGCUGCUCGUGUGCCAACGGGGCAGCCUGCAGCCCCGCCGAUGGCUCCUGCUCCUGUGCCCCCGGCUGGCUCGGAGACACCUGCGAACUGCCCUGCCCGGAUGGCACAUUUGGGCUAAACUGCAGUGAGCAUUGUGACUGCAGCCAUGCGGACGGCUGCGAUCCUGUCACAGGCCACUGCUGCUGCCUGGCCGGAUGGACAGGCAUCCGCUGUGACAGCAUGUGUCCACCUGGUCGCUGGGGCCCCAACUGCUCCGUCUCCUGCAGCUGCGAGAACGGUGGCUCCUGCUCCCCAGAGGACGGGAGCUGCGAGUGUGCCCCUGGCUUCCGAGGACCCUUGUGCCAGAGAAUCUGCCCCCCUGGCUUCUAUGGCCAUGGCUGCGCCCAGCCAUGUCCCCUCUGCGUGCACAGCAGUGGUCCCUGCCACCACAUCAGUGGCAUCUGUGAGUGCCUCCCUGGAUUCUCCGGAGCCCUCUGCAACCAAGGGCCAGGACUGGGGAAACGGGCUCCCCAAAUCAAGCACCUCCCAGAGGCGGGGAAGAAGCAGGAACCUGAGCUGCAGGUGGCGAGGGGCAAGCCAUCGGCCCUGGAAGGAGCUAAGGUUUCAGCCAGGGGAAGCGCAGGGCCCCAGAUCAGCCCCAUUGCUGCGAACUAUGGCCUGAGCCCAGUGAACGAGGGUCACUAG